CUCUUCUCUUCUUUUUUUCUUUUUACAAUUUUAUUACUCAUGACUUUUAUACCCUUCAAAAAAGAUACCGAUCUUUCUGAUCCUCUCAGUGAAGGUUUUAGUCAACUUCACUUGGAUUCAAUCAAAACCAGUGAUAAAAAGACUACUUGGACAGAUAAUGAUAUUAUCAAACUAGAAGCGUUAAUGAACAUAUUUGAAAAAAUCAAUCCUCCUGAUAUUGAAAAGAAACGAUGGGACUGGCAACAUAUUGGAACACUCAUGAACAAAACGCCUGGAGAUUGUUUUGUACAAUACAGUUGGAGUCCUUGGACACGUAAAGAAUAUCUCUCUUUAUUUGAAGCGCGAUCGACAUUGACAAAAUGGAAUGCAACUGCUAUUGCUAAAGCUAUGUAUCCUGACAACUAUGAAACCAAGUUGGCUCAAGUUCGUAGUCGUAUCCAAGAUAUAUGCCUCCAAGAAUUAGAUACAAUUGAACUAUUUGAAGGGUUGACCGAAAAUUAUCAAGAUAUUUCGGAUGAUGUGGUAAUAGAUGGUCUAGUUAUUCGACAUCAGAACAGGAUCAAAAAGAAAAGUUCCAUUCAACAGAAACAGAUAUCACUUGAUGAACAUGUACAGAUCGACCCAACAAUAGAUAAUCAUGAUGAAAAGGAUACUAUCGAGCAUAACAUCGCAACCAAGGACGACCAUCUGGACGAUAUUAAUUCAACUCUUGGUAAAACUAUUACUAAAAAAGUGGAAAUGCUCAAACGACAACAGAUACGUAUUACACAAAUCAAUUUGGAAUGGUGCAAACGAUGUGCGAUUAGUAUGAUAAAAAGGGAUUACGGUAUCUAUUUCGAUUACUAUGAAGCGGAUGAACAACAAAGAAAUGCCAUUAUUUUUGGGAAAAUUGAACCAAGUCUGGAUAAUAUGAUGCCAAAAGUGAUUGAUGCCUUCUUACAAUCGGAUGAUAAAUGUGGUUACUGUGGGCGGACAAUGACUUUUUGGGAUAUUGGGUGUCAAGGUGCAGAUGCUCCAAAGGCAGCCUCUGGUGAUCACUUUUAUCCAAGGAAAAUGAUAUUCAAUGGUGAUACAUUUUUACAUUUUAUCUGUCGUCAAUGUAAUUAUGCAAAAAGCAAUGCUUUGGAUUAUGUGUAUCGAUCUUACUUGCGCGAUAUCAAGCUAUUACAUGAAAAUGAAUCGCUCUCAUGGCAUGUACCUCUAGAUGAAGAAAACAAAUUGGAAGCUUGGCUUACAUGGAUGAAUUUUGAAUAUGGGAAAGGCUACAAGGAAAGUCCUUACCUUAGGCGACGUGAUGUACCAAAACUAAUCUACGCUCGGGAUAGAAUCAACAAAGUACCUCAUCGCUGGCAAAUGACAGCAAGAGACAAGUUGUAUAUGGAUAUGGUAGAAAAAAUGGGCUUACGAGAUCCAAGGACAGGCGCUUUAGGUGUAUAUGAUCAUACUAUGCAAAACUCAAAACGUUUCACUAUCAUCAAGUGGACAUGGCUCGACAAUCCCAAGUAUAACAAAAUGGUGACUGAUUUCGACAUUGAACCUUUCAAAACAUUGGAUAUCCAGGUGAUUAUGAAAUUUACUAAUGAUGCUAUGACCAUUGGUGGUUGGGAAUUCUUGGAUGAUUGGUUAAGCAAUGUGGUAGCAAACACAAAAUAAUGGCAAGUCUCUCUUGGUACUCCCCUCCUUUUAGUUUGUAUCUGUUUCACACAUAUACAUGUAUUUAAGUUAUUUACUUUUGAUAUUCACACAUUCUUCGUACAUCUGCAUCCUCUUUCUUUUUUUUUUAAUACAAUAAAAAACAACUUUUUUUUGGAA